UAUUUUCCUUGGAAUUUUUAUUUUCAAAAUCUAAUGGUAUUUUAAAUGGCUGGCUCCAAUUGUUUCUUCUUCUCUUCUGCUGCCUCCAUUUAAUGCUCCAACUACGCAUUUCACUCUUCCCUUUGCUUCCAAUAUUUCUUUUCUUUUUUCUUUAUACUACAAAUCUCUCUUUCUCUUUCUCUCUCACAGUAACUCCUGAAUCAUUUCUGUGUUGUAAAACCCUAAAACUCAAAAACCCCAUUGAUUUACUGUCUGUAGCAGAGAGCAUUUUUGUUGAUGAGGAGAAAGUUCAGAUCUUUUAUUCUCAUCUGUCUUUGUUUGGAUAAAGUUGCAGAUGGAUUUCAUGUAGCUGGAUCUUUUGUAUUGACUAUUCUAGUGUGUUGAUGAUUACGGUGUAAGAAAUGGGUGGUCAAAAACAAGGUUCAAAGGGUGGAGGAGGACGUUAUGUUGGUGGAUUCCUUCAACUAUUUGAUUGGAAUGGGAAGUCAAGGAAGAAGCUUUUUUCCAACAAGUCACCAGAGGGAUCGAAACAGGGAAAAAGAAGUGAAGGGAAUUCCACAACAUCACAGCUUCGUCAGGUUGAUGAUGAUUUCUAUGGAAGAUCAUCUCUCAGAGAAAGGAGCGAUUACAGUUGUGCUUCUUCAGUGACUGACGAAGAUGGAUACGGAACUAAAGCUCCUGGGGUUGUAGCCAGGCUUAUGGGAUUGGAUUGCUUACCCACUUCUGAUAUUGCUGAGCCCUACUUUAGUCCUCUUUCUGAUUCCAGAUCUCUUCAGGGUUUUCAUUACAGGAGAACUCCAGAGGUUCUGUAUGGGAAUGAAUUCGUUCAUUCUGGCUACCAGUGUACUGAAAGUGAGAGAUAUCCUGAGAAGCCAGUUGAAAUGAGACCUCAACACAACCUAAACAGGCCAAUUGACAGGUUCCAGAGUGAAGUAUUACCUCCAAGAUCAGUUAAGGCCAUUUCAAUCACCCACCAUAAGCUUUUGUCGCCUAUCAAAAACCCUGGAUUUAUCCCAAGCAAGGCUGCUGCUCAAAUAAUGGAGGAAGCAUCAAGGAUUAUUGAAAGGGGGCAUCAGGUAACUAACAGGAACAAGAUGCCGUCUCUUGGGUCUCCUUCGGUUCCUAUAAAAAUUCGGGAUUUGAAGGAGAAAAUGGAAGCUAGCCAAAGGCCAUCUAAGCUCCCGGAAUCAUCUCGAAGGUCCACUGAGUCCAAUGCUGCUAAAUAUCUUAAAGGGCAGUCAAUGAAUAAAAGCUGGAAUGGAUCAGAUGAUGUGCCACAAGUAAAGAGUUCCACAUAUUCAGAUGAAAGUCAUUCUGCUAGUUUGAAGGCCAAAGGAAAAUCUGUCUCAUUAGCUGUCCAAGCAAAAGUUAAUGUUCAGAGAAGAGAAGCAUUGAGCUCAACAAGCAAUAGAAAUGUUACUACCCAUAAAGAGAGACAUGAGUUUAAGUCGAAUAAGCCAAUCAAGAGCCAAAUGAAUGCUCAAAACAGUACGCGGAAGAAGCCGGCCUUGGAUCGCACCUCUGGCGUACUCAGGCAGAAUAACCAGAAACAGAAUAGCCAAACAAUUAGAGAUAGACCACAAUUAAAGCCUUCAGUUCCUCACCAACAAGGUAGGAAACCUCUAUCUGUUAAUUCUUCUUCCAGCAGGGAUAAAGCCCCAAAUAAGGUUGCAGGGACUACCAAAGUUGGGGUCAGGAGGACAGUCUUAGAGAGUGAUCAUCACGACAAAGAGGCAGCCGCGUCAAAAACAAAGAAUGUUCCACGAAAGAAACGGCCUAUAGAAAGCGAUUCCCAAUUCGAAAAAAGUAACUUUAGUGACACUGGUUCUGUUGAUAGAGAUCAGGUGCCUAGACAGUCUAAUGCGGCACUGGAUGCACAGCUCAAGCGGGCAUAUGAUCACAGAGGAAGUGGUAUGGAUGUUGUUUCUUUUACAUUCACUUCCCCUCUGAAAAGACCAUGCUCUGGAUCUCAAUCCUCCAGUCAGGUGGUGGAGAGAAAUAUCAAUUUUUGUACGGAUUCCACUAGGGAGGAAAGUCUCGCCGAUGUAAAAUAUACAAGGUCACCUUCCCUGGGAUUGAAUGGGAUGGGAGGAGAUGCUUUGAGUGUUCUCUUGGAACAAAAAAUAAAAGAGCUAACAUUUGGAGUUGAGUCUUCUUCCCGUAAUUCAAGCAAAUCAAGGAGUGAUGUUACUUCUGUAUCUGGUAGCCAAUCUGAGUCCAACUGCUCCUCAAUUGAUUGGCAUAAGUUGCAAGGUAUUGAAGACGUUGGGAAGUAUAGCAGUUGUAGCAGCAGCAGCAGCGAAACGAAAACGAAAGAGCUCGAUUUUCGACAUCCGAGUCCAGUAUCAACUCUUGAAUCAUCUUUCUCAAAUGAAAGUUGCAUCUCUUCAGAUAGUGGGGAUAGUUACUUUAUGAAUGGUGGGAAACAAUGUUCAUCAGUUGAAGCUGAACUACAGGUUAGCUCCAAUUGUCCUAAGAAGUUUCCAUCAGUGGAGUUCGAGACUGAGUUAUCUGAUUCAGCAUCGUUCCCAUUUAGAGCUGGUGUGAGUUGUGAGCAAACAAUAACAUUCGGUGCCACAGAUUACGCAAGGUCAGACAAGUGGGAGCUAGACUAUGUUAGAGAAAUACUAUCCAAUGUGGAGUUGAUGUUUAAGGAUUUCACAUUGGGUCGAGCUCGUGAAAUCAUAAAUCCUCAUCUAUUUGACCAAUUGGAAAGUCGAAAAUAUUGGCCCCGAGUUUCCGCUGUAGAGGAUGAAAAAGAAAGCAAGCUCCGUCGCAGAACAUUAUUUGAUUGUGUGGGUGAAUGUUUGGAUUUGAGAUGCAGAAGAUAUGUUGGUGGGGGGAGUGCGAAAUGGGCAAAGGGGUUAGCAAUGGUGAGGAGAACAGAUUGGUUAGCAAAUGAGGUUUACAAGGAGGUUUCAGUAUGGAGAGCCAUGGAAGAUUUGUCGAUGGAUGAUGUUGUCGACAAGGAUAUGAGUAGUCAGUUUGGGAGAUGGCUUGAAUUUGAACCUGAAGAAUUUGAAGUUGGAUUAGAUGUAGAGAAAAGGAUAUUAAGUUCUUUAGUUGAUGAAUUAGUUGUUGAUAUGUUUUAUUAGUUUCUGUUUUUCUUCUGUAAGGGUUACUAGUAUUCUCAUCUAAUGAAAGUUGAUUGUUCCCAUGAU